CUGUUGCUGGACUUGAAGAUCACAAUCUCGUAGCCUGGUCUUUUUUUUUCUCAGAUACUUAUUCAUCUAAGAUCAAGAAGGGACUAAAACAGAGGAGCCAGAUGAAACAAAAACACCACGUGCUUUUGGCCACAAAGCAAUGAGGUGGAGGACGGGUUCCGCCACCUGGAGAUUUAUAGUAUUUCUUCUCAUUUGGAAGCUGCGGAGGAGAGAGGGAGCUUUUGUCGCUAGUGGAGCGUGGGUGUGUGUAGCUGUGGUUUGCCCGGAGAGUGAAGGCUUGCUCUCUGAAAAUAAUAAAGCUGCAGCCAUAUUGUCUCUGUAUCAUUGGUUUGAUGAUUGAUAUCAGUACCUCAUCAAUGGAUCCCUGGAUAAUCAUUUUAUCACAAAGGUCCUCCCUGACCCACUGAGCCAUGGCACCCACAAAAUACACUGCUUCUGAGGAAGACCUCAACACCAUUAUUGACAUCUUCCAUAAUUAUUCCCAUGAGUCUGGGGAAGAAGAUGCCCUGGAGAAAAAAGAGUUGGAAGAAUUCAUAAAGAAGGAGGCUCCUAAUUACCUUAAAUAUUUGAAGGAACAGAAUACAUCUCUGGAUUCUGUGUUCAAGAAAGCUGAUGUGAACAAUGACAAGCAUUUAUUUUUCCCUGAGUUUGUUGCUGUGUUGGGUGAAAUAGCUAUUGAAAUACACAACAGAUACCACAGAGAAGAGGGCCCAGAAGGCCCAGAUGGUCCAGAAGGUCACGGCCAUGGUCAUGGCCACUCACAUGGUCACCGCCAUUGAGAGGGAUCAGAGCUAGAAAUCAAACUAACUAGCCUUUGGAGAAACAGAAUGGGAAACCAUUGAAACAUUCAGUCCCUUGACUAGUUUCUGGAUACUGAUGUAGAAUCAAUAAAAAAUUCUCUUUUAAUUGA